AGAACAUUUGUUGUUUUUCCGUUAAUAUCAUUUAACACAUUCAUUUUGUACUACCAUAAAAUUCAGUGUUUUGCUAGCAAGCUAGCUCGUACAUAAGUAUUGUAUAAUAACAAUAGCUGGAAAGCAGCAGUGUGGCCGGUAGCAUGAAGAUGUUAUCGUCUACUAUUUGAAACGUCAAUUGAAUUAUCUUCACACGCAUAUUAACAACUGGAUGUACAUGGAUGUGUGUAUGUUUGGGCAUAUUAAGAGCGCUAUAAGCAUCGGUAGCGCAAGCGAAUAAGGUCUCACCGAAAUUAGAUUUUGACGACAUGGAAAAUAAAAACAGCACUGAUGUGCCAAUAGUGCCCGGCACAGGACAGGGUGGCAGGGUGGACGGCACUAGAAACACAGAAAAUGGGGCCAGCGGAAGGGACAUUGACGGCACAACAACUGCAGGCAGCGGUGGGGGCGGUAAAUCUGGUCCAAAAAUACAUGGUGUGCGGGUGACCGUCGACACUGGAGACACACAAAAGUCCAAAGAGAACACUGAAAGUGUAGAAAUAACCGAUGUGGGCAAGCACAAAAAACGCGUUGGUAUACACACGGAUAUAACCUUUGAAAUAUCAACUGAUGGGGAGAGUGAUGCCAAUGCGACGAGUACAGCACAGGAUGGAGACAAAGAGGAUGCAAGUGUACCAAUUUAUAAAGGCCGAAAUGAACCCACACAGAAGACACGUAGACCCUACUAUACGAAAAACCAGUGGACGCCCAAUGUUUCUUCUGAACGACGCACCUACGAAGGUAGGAUUCAUAAUACCGGCCCUGCUUACUAUUACCCACCAUAUUAUUCAAAUAACGUGCCUGUCUAUGUGGCUACUGAUCAUGGACGAAGUAGCAGUAGUAGUGGUGGUUCUGGUUACAGACGAACAGAUGGCUGGAACAGUUAUGUGCCCUCUUCUAAUGUAUGGACCACAGAGCGUAACUACAUUGAACAAUAUCGACCUAGCACACUGAACGCUGAAAGGACGCCCAGCUGGAAGCCCUGCUAUUGCAUGACUUCUGUGGUGGAUAAUCGUAGACGUCGCGAGAACCGUCACGGCUUGAAGGGUGUCUUACAACCGAUGAGCUCAGUACUCAAAGUGGUGGAUGCGAAGUUGGAGAAACCAUUUUCGCGCAAAUAAAUUGUUCAAAACCAAACCCCAUAAGCUAAGUUAUAUUACAUUUUCAAACACAUAGCUUGUUUUAUAUUAACAAAUUUUUAUUAUCGAUUAGAUUUGUGUACUUUAAAAUUAGAAUAAAAAAAUACGCAAACUAACUAGGCGUGAAAGAACA